CUUCGAGUAACGCCUGCGACAUGGCGAACAGCGACCACAACAGAUCAGUUAGAGAUUCUCAUCGUCUCCUCGCGUCUUAUCCAAUUAGCUCUGCUGUCCCCUCAGGCCAUGUUGCGCGCCAUCUUGACAGUCUUUCUAUGACUGCUGCGCCUCCAUCCUUCGUCAACCAACACUUGUACAAUUCUUCCUUGUACUCGAGCACUAUGGCUCACUCAGAGUAUGCGAAUGAGAUCCAGUAUCUAAGGUCAAAUCAGGCCCAAGGAAACCAAGGAAUCGUAAGCAGAGACAGCGGGUAUUGGGAAAGAGCCAGAGACCAAGCAGUCGCCUUGUUGAACGAACAGGCCGGAGGAUCAUAUCCAUAUCCCCCGCCUUCACAGUGGACUACUCCCCAUACAACCCUCCCGAAUUUAUUCUCUCCCUAUCACACUCCAGAUAUAGCCGGUGUCGUACUCUCCAAUGGGUACCCUACUCCGCCAGCACUGCCCUCCAUUCCACCUUUGGCAUCGUCGUACACCUCAAGUUUAGCUGGUGCGUUAGGGCCGACGAUGUUACCUCAGAACCAACAGCGCCAGCAACUGCCGCAACAUCCUCAGCAUAACUUGCAUCUGCUGUCAUCAGGAGCACUGCCCCAACAUCCUACUCACCAACAAUACACACCGGCGGAGAGCGCCUCUUUUUUCAACGAUAUUCUUUCUCGUAAAUCAAACCAAAUCCUCCAGAAUCCAGUCAAUCAGCCUGGACUUUUCGUCGCUGAGUCGCGCAACCUACAGAAUGACCAUCCGAGCCCAAUGAAAAAACGGAAAGUUGGAAUGUUUGUUGAGGUUUCCUCGCCCAGAAAGAAGUCCAACCUCGGAAAUAUCGGUAUCGACAAUCACGACGCAUCUCAAAUCCCAUCGACACCCUCUAAACUCAGACAGAAAUUGGCAUCAUCUUCCGCUCCAUCUAUCUUCCCCAAGACUCCUUCCUCAACACACAGCCUCGCAUUGAGCGUUCCAAUGACCCCUUCUACCACCGGACUUCUUACUCCUCAAAGUGCGCGCGCUAGCAGUCUCCUGAGCACAAACAGCCUGAAACGCAAAACUCUCACCUUGGACUCUAUCGAAUCGCUACCGGCUCUUCAAAAGCCAUUCAUUACGCCCACUACUGGCGGCCGUACCAAAAAAGCCGGUCUUCAUCACGCCAAUACUUCUGACUUUGAGCUUGAAGAUGACGAGGACGAGCUUAAUCUUACUUCUAGUCCGUUGAAACCUCUUCUUUACGACUCCGCUUUGAAGUCGAAACACAAGGCCGGGCGGGAUGGGCAUCUGACGCACGACAGGGACGAGCGUUCACCCCUCGACAAACUCAUAUCAUUGAUUCAAGAAAUCUUCGAAGCAGAGGAUGGACUGCCUGCAGACCCUGAUGCUACAGAUCUCUCCCAAGGCGGGGUCUUUAACCCUGACUCACAAGAUCCUUCAAAGCCGCAACUCAGCGCUCGCAUCAUCCGCAAGCUGACCAUGCAUUUUGGACAAAUUAGAGGCGCGAGAGGGGCUGGGAAGGGCGUUCACUCUUCUCCGACCAAAGGUCGUGGCAGUCGAAAUGGAAAGCUUAAUGAUAUCGGCUGCGAUGUCCUUGGAAGACUCCUAAGGAUUAUAGCGAGGAGCGUGAAGAUAGGUGGAGAGGCGGAUCCUUUCGGUUUGCUUUCAGGAACAAGAGGUGAUUCAUUAAUGAGCACACACAAAACGCCAAAGAAAAAGCAAAGUGGCACGCCUGUAGGGAAAGGCGGUCCAGACGUGGUCGAAAGCGAAGAAAAACUCGAGACGCUAGGAACAUUGGCCGUGGAGCGUGGACAAUCGAAAGAACCAAAGACUCCCAAGAAGGAUAAAUGGAAAGGGAAAAGCUCUGCUGGAUGUUCAAUCGAGCAACCUUCUGCCGUCGAUCUUGACGUGUUGAUUCGGAAGCUAACACAGAGUCGAGACGGCGUUCUCGCUGCUGAAAGCAUCAUCGCUCUUCUUGGUGGAGAGAGUGUGAAAAGCUCAAAGGGAGGAGAAAUGCUCAGUAAGCAACUUUAUUCCGAAGAGAUCAUCCUAGAUUGUUUCGAUGUGGUCAAGAGCGCAUUGGAAGGUGGAAUCUAUCCUUUCGUAGAAGCAUGCUCGGGUGUCGGAAGCGGUCUGUUGAUGUAUCUCGUGAAUGGUGCUACAACAUCAGCUUCUGGACAAUCUAGCUCUCCAUACUCAAAUCGGCCCCCUUCAACGAGUACUCAAUCCACGUCAGCAAAAGCAGAAGCAAGUAGACACCUUCUCAGCGAAAUAUUUGCUGCGCUUUCUGCGACGCUACCGAGAAUCAGCGUACUAGUAGGUGGUGCAGGCACCGUAAAAGAUAAUGAAAUUCCCAUGAGCGAUGCCGUUGUGAUUAAGGCGGUUUAUGUCGGUAUUGGGCCUUUCUUCGUCAGCUCGGAUGAAGGCUCGCAUACACUCAAGCAAGAAAGGGAUCGCGACGAGGAUGAUCGAGGGAAAGGCAAAGCCAAAAUCAGGGGAAAGAAGGUUCUAGGAGGUAGUCUGCUCACAGCCACCUUUGGAAAGAGUGCCAUGCGGGGCUUGAGAAUGGAUGCCUUGGGCUUAAUCAGAAGUAUCUUCGCUCACCACAACGACCAACGGUCGUGGAUAAUCGAGGAAAUUCUAUCCUCCCUCAUUAAGGUAUCUAACUCCAAGCAGGCCAAAUCUGCUGAUCAAUUUCGGCUUCGUGACGGACGCUCAAUGCGCACCAUCUCGGCGCUUUUGCUUCAACUUGUACAGUCCAGCGCACACGAUAUACGACUCGGAGCUCGGAAAAUCGAUCGAGAAAGACAAGCGAAAAUUGCCUUACGACGACAGGAAAGUAUCGUCAUGGAGAGUCAACAAAGUCAAAUGAACAACGGCAAUAACGGAGGGUUUCUCGAUGAAGAAGAUCGUGCCGUGAUCAAACUCCACAGUGCUGCCCUUGCCUCUCCACACAAAGCUGCUUCAACUAUCAUCCACUUCCUCACUUCCAGGUCGGGUAAAACUAAGACCACGAAAAACUCCAAUGAGGCGGAAUAUCGAGCGAUAUUCGAUGCUCUGAUUCAGGACUGUUUGAGCGUAUGGUGCUGGCCUGAGUGGCCUAGCGCAAGUAUUUUGCUUAGCGUUGCUGUUAAAGGAAUGGUGCGAAGCUUGGAAGAAGAGAACAGGGAUAAAAACAGUACUCCUGGUGAUAAAGACAAGGAUUCACCUAGUGAUAACAGCGUUGGAAAAUCGAUGGCGCUGGAUCACCUGGGAGUAAUCGCUGCAAGAGUAAGGAGUCUAGUACAGAAGGUCCAAUCCCAAGAGAAGGAGUACAAGGAAGGCUCUCAUUUGUUACCAUCAAAUAGAGAAGGAACAGCAAGGGCAAAGAAGCAGAUCAAAUCAUUGCGCGCUUUGACACAGAUCGUGGACCAGUUAGAUGGCAAAGAACUUGACCGAUAUCUAGAAGCCCAUUGGGAUGUGGCUGGGCACUUAUGCAAGAGAGCCACGGAAGACCAAGCAUAUGAUAGUGCACAAGAACUUUGUGCCGCUACGUUGGGUCAGGAUCUCGCAGCUGCACUACAAAAGGUUAACCAGUGGAUCGAAGACGACUCGGCAAACAAUCGCGCACCUCGUCAAAAAGUCAAAAAUGUGGAACACAUAGUUGAUGACGGAAAUAACAGCAAGUCCCAAAGUCGAUCGCUUCCAAGAGACCACAUCAAGCUCAGGGUUUUCGGCGAACAACUCAAAUCUGCAUUAAGAGAAGUUUGGAAAGAGCGGGGCAUAGAUCUUUUCGACAUUGGUUCUCCUGAGGAUGCCCUUCGUGUAGACCGACAAUCGGAAGAAAUUGGGACAAUUCAAGGCAGUAGUCUCAGGAAUGGAUUUACGUCCAUGUUGAAUGUGAUAAUUCAGGCCCUGGAUGCCCCGAUCAUCUUCAUGCGCACCAAAGCUUUAAGAGCCCUUGGACAAAUCAUUACUAGUGAUCCUGGCAUUCUGGCGACAUCUAGCGUUCGUAGAGGGAUCGAAGGUCAUCUAUUGGAUAGCUCGCCCGCAGUCCGUGACGCUGCCGUGGAGCUCAUUGGCAGAUACAUGAUCGACUCUCCAGAUGUUGCAGCUGAUUACUAUCCCAAGAUUGCCGAUCGUAUUGCGGAUACGGGUCUGAGUGUGCGAAAACGUGUAAUAAAGCUUUUGAAAGCCUUUUAUCAUGUUUGCGAUAGUGUGGAACGUCAAACAGAUAUUUCCACAAAACUUGUUCUUCGGAUGAUGGAUGAAGAUGAUACGGUUAAAGACUUGGCCAUCAAGGCCAUCGAAGAACUGUGGUUUUCUAUGUCGUCGCCAAACGUUUGUGCGCCCAUCCCACGAAACUCCAAACCUGCGAUUACUACAAGCCAAUGGUCUAGCGAAUCGUUGCAGAACAGAGUCGUUGUUAUCAUGUCCGUUUCGGCGAAUUUCCGUGACCGACAAUCUCCUCUCGAAGAUCUGCUUCAUAACAUCAUGUCAGCGAAAGAAGAAGGUAGUGCAGAAGCACUGGCCCUGCAUGCAACAUACGAGGAGAUUUGCGGGGUUUUGAUUGAUGGACUUGUGGACGCAUCUGAUUUACCUGGCUUUACUGUGGUCAACUGUAUUCGCACAAUCAAUCUCAUUGCAUCCGCUCAUCCUUCAGUCAUUGGUACUCAGAGUGCCUUGACAUUGUUACCCUAUUUAAAGAAUCCAACAAACGCCGAAGAACAAGUAACAAGUGACUACUUAUUGAGGACAUUCCGCGCAGCCAUUCCACAUAUGAUCAAGACCGCAGCGAAGUUCGGACAAGAUCUUCAAGCCAAGUUACAGCCCAUGGUGACCAAACCCUCUACUGCUGGCGGAAUUACUACUCUACAGGAAGUAGUGGCGUGCCUGUGCGCUGUUGUUCAAUAUCUCACUCAUGAUUUCGCCCGGCUAGUAGCGCUUUUGAAGUCGUGUAAUGCGCGUCUUCAGCAAGUGAUUACAAGAUCAGACUCUACACCUGCGCAAACCGAUUCCAAGGCGCUCGGCACUCUCAUCUUCAUCGUCUCUCUAUUAGUCGAAAAUUACAAUUUUGAUAAACUACGCUCUCAGCAACCCUCCAUCGCGAAUGAAUUAGAUACCGUUUCGCCUAAUUCGAUAACCGAACAUGUAUACAGCACUCUUGUGCAACUUCAUCACCGAUUUACCGAUGCCUCUUUUCGUGCACGCGUUUUGUUGCCAUGCCUUGGUUUUCUUUUUCGUGCUCAACCCACUCUAAUGACCUUCGACCAGUCGGCAACAAUCAUGGAUGAUAUCUUUGCUUCCAACGAUUUAGACGGGAAAGCCAGGUUAUUGAAAAUCAUUCAGGAGUUUUUAGUCUCGGAAUCAAUCAAGCAUUCACGGAAGGAAAAAGAGAGAAAGCAACUUGCGGAGGUCAAUAUGGACGAGCUUGUUGGAAAUACAGAAGGGUUCGCCGACUCUGGUGUGAGCUCAGCUAUUGUCCAGCGCUACCUUGACCCCGUCCUUGGGGCCGCUUUCUCGCAGAAUACUCACAUACAGGCCUCUGCGAUUGAUAUCCUGACUUUCACCGUCAAGCAAGGACUUGCUCACCCACUCCAAUCUUUCCCAGUUAUAGUCGCGUUAGAGACUAGUCCAAGUAUAUCAUUGAGCAAUCGCGCGAGUGCUCUGCAUGCUAUUCUUCAUAAUAAGCAUGCAUCUCUCCUUAACAGUAGAUUCACGUUGAGCGCCUGGAAGUCUUUUGAAUACCAACAACGUAUAUCCCCUGGUGGUGUUCAUGGAUAUCGGAUGCAACCAUUCCCAGUUGCAGUCCUUCAGCGCUGGUAUACACUUGUUCGCGAAAAACGGGCCCAGCGGCAAGAUUUUUUAAAGGCGCUUGUCAAAGUCUUCUCCGAUCGGCCGGAUUACAAGUCCUCCCAGGAUGAUGUCGAAUUUACGAGGUACAUGGGAGAAAAUUUUGCUGCCUUUGAAUACAAGACACAGGAAGAGGUUCUUACUGUGAUCAAAUUUCUAACGGCGGUGUUGUCGACUACCGGCCUGCAUAUUCUGGAGGUGUUAUCACCUUCACAUCUGCUUUCUGAGUUGCAUACAUCACCUUUACCUGCGCAGUCAAUAGAGACAGAAAUUAACACAACGAUAGAGACCGAUAAUCAGGAUUGCACCGCAGAACUUCCAAUCGUUCGGACAUCUGUGAUAGUUGGAAUCGUGAUGCUACUCAAGGCGCAUCUGAAGACAUUAUAUAUGUUGUCCGAAGAGAAAUGUGGCAAAUUCAAUCACACAAAGAAGAGCACUAUCGGGGAUAAACCUGCAUUGCGAAGGCAUGACAAACCGAUCACUUGGGAUAGGUUACCAUUCGCAGUGAAGCCAGUUUUAACAUCAGAGGAUGUGAAGGAGCAAAAAGAGCGCUUCAAGAAAAUCUGGAUGGAAGAUGGUGUUACUGCUGAGCCUGAAGAUGAAGUGUCACAAUGAGAGGUUUAGGUAAUCACUUUUGACUUGAAGCAAAUUCUUUUCUAUUUGUGCAAUUAUCCUUAUUGUAUUAUGCUGAAAUCACAUUUUUUGUUACUUGAAAA